AUAAUCAAAAACAUGCGGGUUCGAUCCCGGUUCCUCCUCGCAUUUAUCAUUUUGAUUAAUGAGCUGCUAUUAUUAUUAUUACAAUUAUAUAAUAAAAACAUCGUUGAUUUGAGUCUGUAACAUCCGGUGUAAAUAUAUAGUACAGGUACUUGUAAAAGUGUUCCUCGCAUUUCCUCAGCUCCGUGGGGGGAUGGAUAGCAAGCUGGCUACUGCCGGUGCUGAUCGACACAUUUGCAAAACAAAGACGGUGAUGAGGCCGUGCGAGAGAAUUUAAGGUGGCCCAGCAUUACGAGGUUUUUCGUAGGUUUCAGGGGUUCUAGUGUUAAAAAGCAAGAAAAAUCUUACUUGAUUACUUAUCCGAGGCUUGUACAAUAAAGAGGGUCAUCCCUGCAUGCCAGCGCACCUAGCUGUUUUGUUGAAACAGCUGUUUCACCUAUGCCAAUAGCUCGAAUGUGUCAGGCUUAAGGGGACUUUUAUUUUGACAUAUUUCGUAGCACUCCUGGCCGGAAAUUCUGCUUUUCUGUUGUAAUUUUUCCGACUUUACACGCUGACUGCAGUCGUUUGUUUGGUAAGUUCAAGAAAAGGCACGCACUUCCAGAACACUUGAAGAUAAAAAUGGCUAAUGUAUGCCAUGGAGAAAAUAAGUCUAGUUAUCCAAGUUCUCUGAAAAGGAGAUCUACAUUUGAAAAGGUGAGCUCUGAAGAGAUGAACACCAUGGAUGAAAUAAGUCUGAACAUUAAGAAAGAGGUCUGUGAUUGGGAAUCUGUGCCCCUUCAGCAGGGAGGUCCUAACAUAAAUGAGCAUAAUGACUGGGAGCUAAGAAACAUUAAAGAAGAGCCAACAUUUGACAUUAUUGACAGAGAAAAAACUAUAACUGCAAACAGUGUUAAAGAAGAAGAUAUUAAAUCCGAGUCUGUGUCUCAGCAUGUGUUUCCAGAUAAAGAGGCGACUGGAUUAGGCUUCACACCAAGUAGUCCCCCUGCACUGCAAAAUGAUGAGACUGCGUCAUAUUCAAGCUCUCCUGAGAAAGAUUUGCAGAAGAGUGGUAAUGUCUCUCCAUCAUCAUUUAUUCAGACCUUCCCUCAGUGCAGAAAACAGCACACAUUACAUGAUGGAAAAAUGCUGAAGUCUGGAUCGGAGAGUUUUAUACCUGCCACUUCAAGAGCUACAUAUUUCCACAGUGUGAAAUUAACAAGGACUGACAUGAUAAACAACAGACAACAGGUACAAACGUCAGAUUCAGCAGCUUUGAAUAUCUGUGAAGAUUUGAACAAAAAUAUUCAAUGCAAGUAUGAAUACAAUGAAGAUCAGAUCAGAAAGAGGCCAUACUGCUGUUCUGAAUGUGGAAAACAAUUCUCUGCUAGUAGUCAUCUUCAGAUCCACACAAGAAUUCACACAGGUGAGAAGCCAUAUUGCUGCACUGACUGUGGCAAACAAUUCUCAACAAAUGGCAAUCUUCAGGCCCACACAAGAAUUCACACUGGAGAGAAGCCAUAUUCUUGUUCUGAUUGUGGAAAAAAAUUCUCGAGGAACAGCAGUCUUCAGACACAUGAAAAAAUUCACAAUGGUAAGAACCUGCACUGCUGUUCUGAAUGUGGUAAGCAAUUCAUCAACUAUAGUAAUCUUCAGGUUCAUAAAAGAAUUCACACUGGAGAGAAGCCAUACUGUUGUUCUGAAUGUGGUAAGCAAUUCUCCAACAGUACCAGUGUUCAGAUCCACAAAAGAAUUCACACUGGAGAGAAGCCAUAUUGUUGUUCGGAAUGCGGCAAACAAUUCACCACUAAGACCAGUCUUCAGACCCACACAAGAAUUCACACUGGAGAGAAACCAUAUUCUUGUUCUGAAUGUGGAAAACGAUUCUCCAUGAAGAGUAAUCUUCAGAUACAUAUACGAAAUCAUACUGGUGAGAACCCAUAUUGCUGUUCUGAUUGUGGAAAACGAUUCUCCUGCAGUAGCAAUCUUCACAUGCAUAAGAGAAUUCACACUGGAGCAAAGCCAUACUGCUGCUCUGAUUGUGGCAAAGGAUUCUCCAGGACCAGCAGUCUUCAUAUACACAAAAGAAUUCACAAUGGUGAUAAGCCAUAUUGCUGUUUGAAAUGUGGGAAACGGUUUUCUGAAAAUAGAACUCUUCAGAUGCAUGUAAGAAUUCACAAUGGUAACAGCCCAUAUUGCUGUUCUGAAUGCAGCAAACUAUUUUCCAGCAAUCGCAGUCUUCAGACUCACAAAAGAAUUCACACUGGUGAGAAACCGUAUUGCUGUACUGAAUGUGGCAAACAAUUCACUCAGUAUAGCAAUCUUCAAACUCACACAAGAGUACACACUCGAGAGAAGCCUUAUGGUUGUCCUGAAUGUGGCAAACGAUUCGCCAACAAUAGUAAUCUUCAGGUUCAUAAAAGAAUUCACACUGGAGAGAAACCAUUUUGCUGCUUAGAAUGUGGGAAACGAUUCUCUGAAAAUCGAAGUCUUCAGAUACACAUAAAAAUUCACAAUGGUGACAACCCGCAUUCCUGUACUGAAUGUGGUAAACUAUUCUCCGGCCGCCGCAGUCUUCAGAUUCACAAAAGAAUUCACGCUGGAGAGAAGCCACAUUGAUGUUCUGAAUGUGAAUGAAUGAUUCUCAUGUUCUGAAUGUGGAUCGUCAGAAACAACGUUCAGAUCCACAAAAGGGUUCACACUGGAGAUAUGCCUUAUUGCUGCUGUGACUGUGGCAGACACUUCUCUGUGAGGAACAACUAUUGGAUACAUGGAAAAAUUCAUAGUAAAAAGGCACAAAUGAACUCCAGUACCUUAUGCACAAACAGAGGCAGCAGCACUUGCUAGACAGAAGAUUGUUAAAUAUUGGACCUACAGAAAAUUAAAAAAAACAAGUGGAAAAACAUGCAGAUAUAGUGAUCAAUAUGCCAGCUUUGCACUCUCAUCUUAGAUGAGUAAGGGUGGAUAAUCACCUAAUCAUAGCUGCACCAGGUUGUUUCAGUGCAUCAAUAGUAAAAAAUUGAGAAAUGGGCUAAUGGGGAUUCUACCAGACAGAGUCACAGAAAUUAACUUUUCUGGCUGUGAGGUUCUGAUGGAUGAAGGCUUACACACCAAAGACACUAGGAAGUUGAUAGACUCCAUACCUGGAAAAUCUGCAGAAAACAGGUUAUUGCACUGGACCAACAUUUGUCAGACACUGAGGGUACAUCCUAGGUGCCAGGCAUGUGGGACACACCAAUUCUAAUUGACUGAAAAAUUAAAGGCUGGAAACCAGACAUACUUGUUAAAGAGAAUCAGUCGGACAAAGCCUACAUAAUAAAUGGAAUCAAAGAAUUACAUGUCAGUGCCAGGUGGCUAUUCAUUUCUGUUAACACAGAGACAAAGUAAAGGUCGGGAAGGGGCAAAUAGAGAGACCACAUAUGAAACAGAGCCACCAAAAUUGUGCAAGUGUUGCUGAUUUCCACGGGCCUAAUUUAAAUAAAAUUCCAGGCCCAUCUUGAUGCCCUGGAAAUUACCAUAACACACUAUGAAGUACAACAGAAGUCAUUACUUUGGACAAGACAAGUGAAGAGCUCUCACUAAUAAUUUAAGAGAAUAGCAGUAAACAACUAUAUAAAAAUGAGUGAUUGAGGUUUACUGUUUUCUUCACUGUGUGUAAAAUAAACCAGUCGGGAGAAACAAAACACUGAAGGAAGGCAUAUUGCUGUUGUGAAAGGGAUAAGCAUUUCACCAGUAGUGGUAGUACUGUACAUGGGUGAGUUUCCAAAAGGAUUGUAGCACUAAGAACAUUGUAAACCCGAAUCUGAAAAUUGUUUGCAAACUUCUGAACGUUUCUCAAAACUCAUGAAAAUUUAAAUGUGGCUUUUGUUAUCUGCAUUGUCCAGGAUUAGGGCUGUAUGAUAUUGGAAAAGUAUUUGUGAUGUUUUUGACCAGUAUGGUGAUUGUGAUAUAAAUUGUGAUUUUCUGUUUCAAACUUUUUCCCAAAUGAAAAGAAUCAGAUGAGAGGAUGCAGUUACUACAUAUUUAUAUUUUUUAAAGAUCACUACUACACGACUGUUACAAAAAAAAUAAUAUCAUUAAUUACCAGCAACUGGUGAUUGCAUCCCAUUUCUUCCCAGACCAUUCAAAUACGCGCUUCCACUAUAUUUGUCACUUUUUAGUUACAGCCCGAGUAUCCCUAAUCUGAAAUUUUAAAAUCCAAAAUGCUCCGAAUUCCAAACAUUUUUGAGCACCAAUGUGAUGCCACAAGGUGAAAUUUCCACACCAGGUAUAUGCAUUUUAUACAACUUUCCUUGUAUUCAAGUGUGAAAAUAUGCGUACACCAAAAAGUGAAUGUGAGUGACAUAUGUGCAGAUUUAAAAUGGAUUUAUUCUGUCAGAGCAGGACGGUGGGUUGUCCCUCAUGGCAGUUCUAAAGUACUGUGUGGCCCCAUUAAAAUUGCAGAUGACUUGUGCAUUAAUGGAAUGUCACUCCUGAUGGACAACAAAAGCAGCGUCAUUCUUGCCAGGUGCCCUUAUUGCAGUAUGAGUGCAGUAGAGUGUGCUGAUUGCAUUAGGACACCUGGACACUGCUGCAGAUUGCCUUAUGUUGGCAGUUUUUUUUAAAAUAUAAGCUAAAACAUGUUAUGUUUUAUGUAUUCCACCAUACAAGCAUAUAAAGGCUAUAAUAGGAGAUUUUUUUUGCCUGUGCUUAUUGUCAUUUGUGUUUUUCAUCUCACUUUUGGUUAUUCCGGAUAUUGAAAAUGUUGCUAUGUUCCAUAGUAAAAAUGUAAUUUGCCAAUGUGUACCUGAACUGGUACAGUAGUUCUGUUCCUAACAAUUCUUUGUUUGUUCUGUAUAUUGUUUUCUUGCCUAGUAUUUGUUAAAUUAUUAAAUUAUUUGUUCUAGAAUUUUAAUAAAAAAAAAAA